CCUUAAGACAAACCGAUGUACGUCUUUCCUUCGUCCACAGACCGUGGGGAGGUAAAAUGUUCCAUGUACUUCCUGUGUCUCUCCCGGAACGUUGGUUGCAGUUGCGCGGUUCAUCCGGAUCGCUUAGAAGGAGGAUACACAUCGAGCAAGAUGGCCGCUGCCGCGGUAGGCUCACGUGGAGAGGCAGAAGCCACCGGAGCUGAAGUGGAGGAGGGCGAUAGCGGCUCUGAGUGGAGCUCAGGCAUUCCAGAGGACAGCUUCUCUUCUGGAGGUGAAGAGCUGGAUGGCGAUGAUGAGGAUGAGCCUCAGACCCUGGACACAAAAGCCAAAGAUGCAGCAGAGUCCAGAGAUGCAGCAAAUGCUGGCUGGGCUGAUGCCAUGGCAAAAGUGCUCAAUAAAAAAGUUCCCAAGAGUAAGCCCACCAUAUUGGUUAAAAACAAAGAGCGGGAUAUGGAACGAGAGAAGGAGAAGCAAGAGAGGCUGGAAAAGAGGCGGCAGCUUGAUAAAAAGCGGGAGUGGGAAAUGAUGUGCAGAGUGAAGCCAGAUGUUACUAAAGACAGAGAACUGGAGAGAAACCUUCAGAGAAUUGCCACGAGGGGUGUUGUUCAGUUAUUUAAUGCUGUUGGGAAGCAUCAAAGAAAUGUUGAUGAGAAGGUGAAAGAAGCAGGGAGUUCAGAAAGAAAACGGACAAAAUUGAUCUCGUCUGUUUCAAAGAGAGACUUUAUCAAUGUACUGAGAGGAAUGGAAGGGGGACGAAUGGAGGGAAAUGCUACCGGGAAGUCCUUAAAAAGCAAACAGGGCGAAUCUAAAUCUGAAGAAGGGCCAGCCUGGAGUAUAUUACGAGACGACUUCAUGAUGGGAGCCUCAAUGAAAGACUGGGAUAAAGAGAGUGAUGGGGAAAACAUAACUGGGCAAAAUGGAAUCAAGCAAGACAGUGGAGGUGACUCAGGCAGAUGAAAUCAAAAGUGGUUCAAAAAUCAGUGUUAUCGAUUCUUGGUUCAAGCAAGGAUGCAUUUUCUUUCUUUUUUUACAAAAGAUCUCUGAAGGUUGAGGAAAACGUAUUUUAACAAAACAUCUAACAAUCCUGAAAUCUGCAGUAUUUCCUCAAUAAUGAUGUUUAGCUGAUACAUGUUUCCAAAACAUUUUGUACAGUCAAAAUAGCGGCACCUGCCCAAUCAGAAAGCGGACGUGUUUUUUUUGCUAAGGUUGCUAUGAGUUUAAAUAUUGAUUAACAUUGAUGUAAUAGUAUGCUUGCCUUUCCAUCUCUAUGUUUGUAACUUGGCUAGGUGUUCAUCAGUUCAUAAAAUAAAACAACAAAAUAUC